GUUUCAGAAAACUGCUUUCAAUGCAGUCCCUCACCAAGAUGGAGGUGGACAGGCCGCCAUCGCCUGCAAGGAUGCCAUAUACGUCAGACAAGCAUCCACGCCACACACUGGAAGCCAUAAAUGUGCUUCGUAAGCACCGAGAACUUUGUGAUGUAGUUAUUAUUGUUGGACAGAGAAAGAUCUUUGCACACAGAGUGGUGCUCUCUGCGUGCAGUCCAUACUUUCAUGCCAUGUUCACAGGAGAGCUGGCUGAGAGCCGUCAGACGGAGGUCACCAUAAGGGACAUUGAUGAAAAUGCCAUGGAAAUGCUAGUCGAUUUCUGCUACACAUCCAGUAUAACUGUUGAAGAGAGCAAUGUUCAGACACUUCUACCAGCAGCAUGUCUAUUACAGCUUGCUGAGAUCCAGGAUGUGUGUUGUGAAUUUCUCAAAAGGCAGUUGGACCCAUCAAACUGUCUAGGGAUCAGGGCUUUUGCUGAUACACAUGCCUGCAGGGACCUUUUAAGAAUAGCAGACAAGUUUACACAACAUAAUUUUCAAGAGGUGAUGGAAAGUGAAGAAUUUCUACUUCUUCCCCUGAAUCAGCUAGUGGAUAUAAUCUCAAGUGAUGAGCUCAAUGUGCGCAGUGAGGAGCAGGUGUACAGUGCUGUGAUGGGUUGGGUCAAACAUAAUAUACAGGAGAGGAAGGGAAACCUGCCUACAGUAGUACAACAUGUGAGGCUGCCACUGAUGAGUCCUAAGUUUUUAGUCGGCACUGUGGGCUCUGAUCUUCUAAUAAAAAGUGACGAGGCAUGCAGAGAUUUAGUAGAUGAAGCUAAGAAUUACCUGCUGUUGCCACAGGAGCGCCCUCUGAUGCAGGGACCAAGAACACGACCACGGAAACCAAUAAGAUGUGGAGAGGUGUUAUUUGCAGUGGGUGGCUGGUGUAGUGGAGAUGCUAUAUCCAGUGUGGAGAGGUACGACCCACAGACCAAUGAGUGGCGCAUGGUGGCGCCCAUGAGUAAGCGGCGCUGUGGUGUGGGUGUGGCAGUGCUGAAUGGCCUGCUGUAUGCUGUUGGGGGACACGAUGGACAGUCUUAUUUAAACAGCAUUGAGAGAUAUGAUCCUCAGACCAAUCAGUGGUCCAGUGACGUAGCUCCCACCAGUUCAUGUCGUACCAGUGUGGGAGUGGCUGUUCUUGGAGACUUCAUGUAUGCCGUAGGAGGGCAAGAUGGAGUUUCAUGUCUGAAUUUCGUGGAGAGGUGCGUUGAUACUGAUCUUUCUUUGAGCUAA